AGAGAGUAAAUUAUUGUUAAACUAAAGAAAGAUUAGACCAGAAAAGGAAGACACUUGUUUCAUCCAAAGGCCCUUUCAACCCUCAAUCAAUGCUCUACCAAACUCCAACCCUUUGCUCCCCUUUCAGCCCUUCUUCAACCACUUCUUCCUCCCCCUCCUCAUCUUCCUCAUCUGUUCCUGUAACUGCUACCUCCUAUCCUCUGUCUCUUCUUUUCCCCUUCUUUCCCUCAUCUUCUCAGGUUCAGACAAAACCAGAAAUGGAUUGCGUGGAGGCAAAAGCAUUGAAAGGCAGUUUCCGACCAGAGAUGGUCUUUAUGAAAUCUUCCCAGCAAGCGAUUCCUGAUUACCCGUGGGUUGCAAAUGGACCGACGGUUGCCCCCGGCGACGAUUUGUUCGUCGACGACCUCCUCGACAUCCCUAACGAUGAUGUUGAAGAGGGCAUCUCUCAAGGGCAAGAAGGGGAGAAGCCCUGCGCCUCUGUUUCUUCCCAAGCAGAAGAACUCUUCCAUGAUAACUCCAACUCCGCUAGCUUUUCCAUUUCCGAACUCAGCGUUCCGGCGGACGAUGUAGCAGACCUAGAAUGGUUAUCUCACUUCGUGGAAGAUUCUUUCUUGGAAUUCUCAGUACCAUAUCCAUCCAGCUCAAGCCCUACAGACAAAACGCAGAAUGGAAACCAGAACCUGCCUGAACAGGAAACAGAGAGGGCUUCCGUGAAACCUCCCUGUUUCUGUUUCCCAACGCCGGUCCCGUGUAAGGUCAGGAGCAAGCGUUCUAGAACAGGAGGGCGAACAUGGUCGAUGGGGUCGCUUUCGUUUACCGAGUCGUCUUGCACGUAUUCUUCGUCGUCCACUUCGUCGACGACGACUUCGUCAUCCUCCUCUACCACAUCAGUUCUUACCUUCUCGGAAAGCGAUCACAACAUGGACAUGUUGUACUACCUUGGGAAGCCGCCGGCGAAGAAACAGAAGAAAAAGAAGAAGUUAGUGGCGGAUGCCAGUGGAAGCCAGCACCACCACCAACAACAACAACAAGCGCCAAGGAGAUGCAGCCAUUGCCACGUGCAGAAGACACCGCAGUGGAGAACGGGUCCUUUGGGGGCCAAAACACUAUGUAACGCAUGUGGGGUUCGCUACAAAUCGGGUCGCUUGUUGCCGGAGUAUCGUCCAGCUUGUAGUCCGACUUUCUCCGGCGAUAUUCAUUCUAAUAGCCACCGUAAAGUUUUGGAGAUGCGGCGCAAGAAAGAGUCAGACUUUACCGGAAUCCAUCUCUCCUUGGCUCCGACAGUUCAGAGCUGGUGAAUUUCACGAGGCUUCAGGUGAUCGAUCAGGUCAGAAAAU